CGGGACUGGUGACGACAGAGAUGAUGAGUCUGAUGACAAUAGAGAUGACGAGAUUGAUGAUGUGGCCGAUGAGGAUGGGCAAGGUGAUAGUGAGGACGACGAGAUGAGAUAAUUGUUCUCUAAUUUCCAAAUGUCUAUUGCAUUUCUAUUAACUUUGAAGUGAAAUGAUCAAGAGAAAUGAUUUUUUGAAUUAUAUUUUUUAUUUGGACAUGUUUUUCCUUUAAUCAUCGGAUUAAUGAAAAAACAUCAAGAAUUGUUGGCCAAAAUGUGGUGAAAAUAAAUGUUCAUAAAUUUUUGCCCUAAAUUAUUAGAAAAAACAAUAGUUGAUAAUAAAAUUAUUGUACAAGACACUGAGGUUCUGUUGUUUCGAUAGACAUUCGAUGGACACAGGCACUUUAUGAGGAGCAUUGACCACUUGGAGGAGCACGGGAGCGUUCAGGAGUUGGUCCAGCAUGUUCUGCCGAGGUUGGGACUCGCACGGUAUGGUGGGCCAAAUGGCCACUCAUUCUUCUUCUCUAACCACGUUGGUACCUAUUACGAGAUGGACGAGGCCAUGGGAUUGCAAUGAAAGCGGUUUGUGGACAUGCUGAGAGCGGUGUACGUUGGUGAUCAGUAUGAUGAGGAGGUGAUGAGAUUAGAAGAGCUAAAUGUGGUUGAAAUCAGAGAGGAUAGCACCUGGUUGCAUAUUGGAUCGGUCUUUAUGGCGAGUUCUGUUGUAGAGUUGGAGCGAGGUGUUUCGGAUGUUAGAGCUGAGCUGCCUUGGACUCGUGAGUACGGGUGCAUAUACACGGCUCCUGAUAUGUUUCCUCUUGGGUGGACUGGAGAGGUACUGGCCGGAGCAUCCUGGGGCUGGGAGUGGGUCCUGGAGUAUGUAACCAUGGCAUAUAUAUCUAGAUUCCUUCGCUUGUUCCACCAUUGACAUAUUUUACCUGAGUGAGAUGCUGAGUAAGGUGCUGUGUAGUGAGUGCUGAUGCUGACUUUUGUCUUCCUGACUUUCCUCCAAGUCCAAUUCUAGGAGUCUAACCAACCAAAUGACCUGACCUAAAUUGUAAUGCAUGACUUCUUCUAACUACUUAAUCAAUAUAGUUAAAAUAUAUUGGCAA